GAGAAGGAGGAGGAGGAGGAAAAAGAAGAGAAGGGGAAGAAGAGGAGAAGGAAGAGGAAGAAGAGGAGGAGGUGGAGGGAAAGGAGGAGGAGGCGGCGGCGGCUGCUGGUGGCGCUGGGUCGGCUGGCUCAGAGCGGAGCCGCUGGCUGGGCGCCGUCUGCGGGCGCGGGAAGGGCCGUUCUUAUGGGCAUGAAACACUCGUCCCGCUGCCUGCUCCUCCGGAGGAAAAUGGCGGAGAACGCCAGCGAGAACGCCGAGGUGUACAGCGGCCCCCCCAAACCUCUUCUUCCUGUCGCCAUGCCGAAUCCUGCCCCGCCUGCUGUUCAAACCCCUUUGGCGCCAAGCUGUCCUGGCCGAGGCAAGAUGGCGAAGCUCCUGAACCCAGAAGAAAUGACCUCGAGGGAUUAUUACUUCGAUUCGUAUGCUCACUUUGGAAUCCAUGAGGAAAUGCUGAAGGACGAGGUGCGCACCUUAACCUACCGAAAUUCCAUGUAUCACAAUAAGCACGUCUUCAAGGAGAAGGUGGUGCUGGACGUGGGAAGCGGCACCGGCAUCCUUUCCAUGUUCGCUGCCAAGGCGGGAGCCAAGAAAGUCUACGGGAUUGAAUGUUCCAGUAUAUCCGACUACUCUGAAAAAAUCAUCAAGUCCAAUCACUUGGAUCAGAUCAUCACCAUAUUCAAGGGCAAAGUGGAAGAAAUUGAGCUGCCGGUGGACCAAGUCGAUAUCAUAAUCAGUGAGUGGAUGGGCUACUCGCUUUUCUACGAGUCCAUGCUGAACACGGUCAUCUUCGCUCGGGACAAGUGGCUGAAAUCUGGUGGGCUUAUGUUUCCUGACCGUGCGGCUUUAUACAUGGUGGCCAUUGAAGAUCGCCAGUACAAGGACUUCAAAAUCCACUGGUGGGAGAACGUCUACGGCUUCGACAUGACCUGCAUCCGGGACGUCGCCAUGAAGGAGCCGUUGGUGGACAUUGUUGACCCAAAGCAAGUGGUGACCAAUGCUUGUUUAAUAAAGGAUGUGGAUCUUUACACCGUAAAGCCAGAAGAACUGACCUUCACCUCUGCGUUUUGCCUCCAGAUUCAACGCAACGACUACAUCCAUGCCUUGGUCACCUAUUUUAAUAUAGAAUUUACAAAGUGCCAUAAGAAAAUUGGGUUUUCUACAGCUCCAGACGCGCCUUACACUCACUGGAAGCAGACAGUCUUCUACCUGGAAGAUUAUCUAACUGUCCGAAGAGGAGAAGAAAUCUAUGGAUCCAUAUCCAUGAAACCGAAUGAAAAAAACGAGUUGACUUGGAUUUUAAAGGGCAGCUUUGCGAAGCCUCCGUGUCUAAUGACUAUAAGAUGCGCUAACAACCUGCGGUCGGCGCAGCAACAAAAGAAGUGGUGUUCUGGGCCUGACGUCGUCGGAGUCUGUGAGGUUUUUUCACUAGCAAAACGGUCGCUCCUCGGAGGUUUUCUGGAUCUGGAAUCUGCUCAUCUCCGCGCCCUGCCAUGACCGAGCUUACCUGAAAGGACUGUAUACGUAUCACUCACUUGGCUACAGCCUGGUGUCGUGUCGAAUUUGUAACCCAACACAUUCAAGGGGGAACCAAAUUGGGAGAACAGGCGCCCGCCUUGCUCGUUUUACGAUGUCUUUAUUUUUUCGUUUUCGUUUUUUGUUUCGUUAAAAAAAACCCCUGCAUUUACAACUAAUAUUAACGUGUUAUAUUUUUGCAAGUUUUUUCAUUGCUCUUUUAUACAGCCUUCGGGUGCCACGUUCCCAAAUUUGUCUUAGCAAACAGCCUUCUCUUCUGCAUCCUAAGGGUAGUCCUCGGAUCACGGCCACAGUUGAAGCCAGAACCUCUGUGGUUAAGUGAGACAUUGGUGAAGUGGGUUUUGCCCCACUGUACGAACCUUUUGUUGCAAGUGUUGUUAAGCGAAUCACUGCACUUGUUAAAUUAGUAACGUGGUUGUUAAGUAAAUUGGGCUUCCCUCCUUGACCUGGCUUGUGAGAAGGGCGCCAAAGGGGAUCACGUGACGCUCCCCCCAAGGACGCUGCAACCGUCAUAAAUGUGAGUCAGUUGCCAAGCAGCUGAAUACCGAUCACAUGACCUUGGUGAAUGCUGCAAUGGCUGUUAAGUAUGAAAAAAGGUCGUAAGUCCUGUUUUUUUCAGUGGCGUUGCAACUUUGAACGGUCACUAAAUAACUGUCGAAAGUCGAGGACUACCCGUAUUCAGUGGUGGCUUUCGAUGGCAUUGCCAAAGCAGAGGUGUUGAGUUUCAUUAUUUUGUGAUGUAAGAGACGGUGAUGUACCCCCGCUUCCGAAAAAUAAGCUUAGCACACUUUGAAAUAAAAUUUUUACACCCUCUCCUCAAAACAAAAGAAAAAAAAAAGAAGACUCACAGCAGAUCCAGUGUGACCUGAAGUUGUUGGUCUCUGACAUUACACAAAUGGAUCCCACUCUUCUCUCUGGCCAAUCCCAGGAUCUCCAUUCUGCUUUGGAACAAGUACUAAGGGGAGGAUGCAAACGGAAAAUAAACUUGUGGCGCCCUUGGUGCUCUCCGAUGUUUGGUUACCUGUCCAGGUAGCACCUUCAGCGCUAGAGAA